AGCGUCCUUCAUCGACACGCCGAAACAUUCGUAUCCUGGCAGGCGUCAAGCAGACGGAACUCGGUUUAGUAACACGUAAAGCGCCGAUGAUGGUAGGCACCGUUCACAGUUGGUGCGAAUAUUGCCGUUUAGAGUACAGUGUAGAUCGUUUCGGCGAAAAACCCCAAAACGUGGCGUUUCACUGAAUACUGUGUCACAUCUGAAUCGCCCUGCAGUCUCACGCAACUAACAUCGGACAGCGAGAAAUUGCUCUGGUCGUUCAGUUUCGCUGCUUUUGGGUGUCUCUGCCCUCUUGCAUUUUUCCACUUCCGCUCCAAUUGUUCGAAUUAAACGUUGUGACAGCGGCAGAGAAUGGUCCGGCAAAUUCGUAUAUACCUCGACAAUCCUAUAGCGACGUAUUACGGAGGCGAUACUGUAACGGGAAAAGUAUUCGUCAAAGUAGACGACGAGGAAAAAAUCCGCUAUAUUUCUGCAAAAUUUAGAGGUGAUGCCAAUGUAAGCUGGACUGAAUCAGAUUCAGAAACAGACAGUGAUGGCAAGUCUCGUACUGUCUAUACUACAUAUUCAGCACAUGAAAACUACCUCAUGACAAAAAUGUACUUAGUUGGUGGUCCAUCUCAGGAGAUCAUACUUCCACCAGGAGAGCAUAUUUAUAAUUUUUCUGUUAUACUACCAGAAAAUCUGCCAUCCUCAUUUGAGGGGAUAAAUGGUAACAUUCGUUACAUGGUCAGAGCAAAAAUGAAUCGUGUAUGGGCAUUUGACGAUACAGUUAAAGCUUUCUUCACUGUUUUGUCACAUUUAGAUUUGAAUAAGGAUCCCUUGGUCAAGGAACCAGUUACAACUGUUGCUGAGAAAACAUUAUGCUGUUGUUGCUGUAGGUCUGGUCCUCUGACUUUGGUUGGCAAUGUUCCAGCUGUUGGAUUUGUUUCUGGGCAAGAGAUACCUGUGACUGUAGAAGUUGAUAAUGGAACAAAUGAGACAAUAAGUAUUGUUACCUGUUCUCUUAAGAAGAAUGUAUGCUUCACUGCUCAUUCACCCAGCACACGCACAAAUAAAACAUCAGAGAAAGUAGAAACUAUCACAUUUGAGCCUGUGGGUGAAAAUGAAUCUAAAACAUGGACCAAACAGUUGAAAAUUCCAAGUUUGCCUCCAUCCACUUUGAAGAAUUGUGGCAUCAUUGAUCUUGAGUACUGCUUGGAUAUCAAAGCUGAAAUUAGUGGGCCACACACAAACUUACAUGUAAACAUCCCAAUAACAUUAGGAACCAUUCCCCUCUUUACAUAUAUCCCACCUGGGUUGCUGCAAAAUACUCCUGAAAAAUUACCCCUACCGCCUACAGCCUCAGCACCAUAUCCACCACCACCAUCACAGUUCCCUACAGCACCAUAUCCUGCAAAUACUGCAGCUGAUAUCACAUCUGGCACAAGUCAGCUGGGAUUCUCAAAUGUACUGUUACCACUGCCAAGUCAGUCAAAUCUGACUCCAUCUGCACCACCACUUCCAUACCCAGAUAUUCCACCUCCUUCAUAUGAGGAGUGUAUGUAUGGAACAAGUAAUGUGAAUGUAGGAGAUAAUGCAAGCCACACAGAAGAGGGAUACAAUCACGUUCCAAGAUAUCCCACAUACAACUUACGUCCUGGGGAAGCCACCAGAAUGUGAUAACUUCUCAUGCAAGGCCAUAUGGAUACACAUGCUAGUCCUGGAAUUAUUUGUGAAUCACAACCACAGUGCAGAUACAGCAAUCUAAUAGGAUUAUGAAAAGUUAUUACCUAAGUGCAGAAAGCAUGGAGCUGCUAGUUUAUCUGGAUCAUGAGACUGAUUACAAGGUCUUUUUCAUCUGUUUGCUGCCAUGUGCCUUAAUGUCUGUGUUACUUCAACAACACUGCAACACUGUUCCUAUAGGCAGUGUUCAUGAAGCCACUGAUUUUUAUCUCUCCGAUUUAGUGCAUACAGAGGGCAGAACCCUUCGGAUGCUAUAAAUAUUUAGUGCACAUUGAAGGCAGAAACAACUGAUGUUAGAAAUAUAUCACUAUCUCAGUUGAAAGGACCUUUCCAGGAAGUGCCAACAAACUUACCCUUUCAUGAAGGGUUGACAUACUAUCACAAAAGAUAUUUUUAAAGGUCUCUUGUAGCAUUUUAGUGUCAUAUAGCACCUGUACUUAUUUAUAUUGAUGAAAGUUUCCAUGACACUCAUAAGCAUUGUAUGCAGCACUUGCAAAUGACUGACUGCUCUGGUACUGAUAUGAUCUGAAGAUGUUCAGUACUUAAGUGACAGCAGCAAUUUGAGUAAAAAUGUGCAGUGUUAGAUUAGUCUUUCAUGUUCAGUAACAGUUUUUUAAGUGUGAGAGCAACCUACCUAUUUUGCUAAAUUUUAAAAAUUUCAAUCUUGUGUUAUUGUGUGGAAAAAAGUUUCUGUUAAGAUGAUACUGUUUGUAUCUCUGUUGUAGUUUAAUUUAUGAGUUCUACCCUCAUUGUGGAUGUUACAGAAGUGCAUCUUUGUGAUAAUAUACUCUUUUUGUUAGAAUAUCAUACUUUCACAAUUUUAGUGCAUAAAUUUUUAUUUUAAUAACUAUAUUUUUACCAUGUGAAAACUUUGUACAAAAAUAUAGUUUACAUUGAAUUUUUUGCAAAUGAUUUGUAUCCUGCCAACUAAAACAGAAUUUCAUAUUAUGCAUGGUGCACUUAACUUUGGCAAGGAAAUUGUCUGGCAGUGAAAGUGAAUUCAACAAGCAAGUAAAGGGUGCUCAUCCUUUCUUAGGAAGUCAAAUCAUAAUCUGAAUACAUAAAUCCUAAAGUGAGACUCUAAGACACUGGGGGUGAAAUAAUAUCUGACAAGAAUGAAAUUUCAUAUAUGACAUACAUUGGUGUAUGAUUAUUCAUUGACUCAUAAAUGUGUGAUGUAAAUCAGAUCACAAAAAAGUUAGUGCACCAUAUGUCUUUAUCUUGCUACUUUUUGGUUUGUUUUCCUAUAAUUCUAAGUCACAUCUAGUUUGUACUUCACUGAGCAUAAGCUUAAAACCUAUGUCAUGCCUGUUUUGUUAGCACCCACCCAUUUAAAGUCAUAUUGAAAUCAGCAUAGAGAAUAAAUUUUAUACGACAAA